UUAACUUCAGAUCGUAAGAUGGAUCGAUACUCAUAGGCUCGUCCUCUCUCAAUGCUUCCAUCGCGGCGACUACCAUGCCUGCCAUGGAUUCUUCCAGCGCAUGGCCCCCAUAGGACCGUCAGGCCUGGCGUCUUCCUCCGGAGGAAUUCGUCUUUUGCUUCCUCGCAGUUUCCGGAGCUCGCAAGCCGCGAAUCGUCCCGGCAUCAGAUAUAUCAAUCGCUGUCGACAGAUCCCUUCGUGAACCUUUCCAUUGAGCAUUUCCUCCUGCAGAACACGCCACAAGAUUCCAAGAUCCUAUUCCUCUAUAUCAACAGACCGUGCGUUGUCAUUGGCCGCAACCAGAACCCAUGGCUAGAGACGAACCUUGGGGUUCUGCAGCAGGAUCGCAUCGGCAACGGCGACGCAGAGACGGAUCAAACAGACGAUGUGCUCUACGUCCGGAGAAGGUCAGGUGGUGGUGCCGUUUUCCACGAUGAAGGGAACCUGAACUACGGCGUAAUCUCCCCGCGAGACGCUUUCACCCGGGAUAAGCAUGCGGAGAUGGUGGUGCGAGCACUACAUCGGAUCGGGGCCACAAAUACCAGCGUGAACGAGCGACAUGAUAUCGUUCUCAGACAAAAUGUUCCCGAAGCUAUCAGACAGAGCUCAACCGCCACCGUGGAGGAUCCACCAAAGGAGGCUUCUGCGCAGGCGCUCAAGAUCUCCGGAUCCGCAUUCAAAUUGACUAGAUUCCGCGCUCUCCAUCAUGGUACAUGUUUGUUGGACUCGCCCAAUAUUCGUAAUCUAGGAUUUUUCCUCCGGUCUCCAGCCAGACCAUAUAUCAAAGCGAAAGGCGUGGAGAGCGUCAGGUCUCCCGUUGGGAACGUCUCUGCUUCGCUGGCCGAUUCCCUAACUCCGUUCUCUAUCCAAGGAGUAAUGUCGAGCGUCAUACAAGAAUUCGGUCGACUAUACGGCGUCAACCCAGAUGCAAUCCUAAGAGCGAACCGUGCUUGCCAUACGAACGAACCCGAACUAUACGCAGGAGAUGACUGGGUGGCAGGAACAGUGGGGGAUCCUCAGGCGUUGGACGUACCCGAUAUCCAGAAAGGCAUUACUGAGCUGAGGUCCCUCGACUGGAAAUACCUCCAGACACCCCAAUUCACCUUUUCCACCCAUCCGAUUGACGAGGACCCACGUCCAAGACCAUCUUUACCACCUACCCUUCCCCCAUCGACACGAAUCUUCCUCCGUCUCAAACACGGCUCCGUUCUCGAAAGUCACAUCUCCCUAUCAUCCGACUUGGUCAUAGCAGAGACACAGGCCCAUCGUGUCCACGAGGCGCUGAAUGGACGGAAUUUGCACGAGCUCUCAAUGCAUGAUUGGCAAGCAGCCUUGGAGUCUCUGCGCGAGUCUGAUGAAGAUGAUGUAGAUAUAGCAGACCAGGUGCGCCACUUAGCAGAGUUUAUCGGGACGAAAUUUGGCGCGAGGUCAUCGUAGAGAUUCUCGUCGUGUGUAAUGGAAUUUGGAUGAGUGAUGGGGUUAUUAUAGAGGGCUUUCUUACUGAUGGACAUGUAGAAUACUGUACAAUACUAAAUAAUGGCCUAUUUCCCACUGUGUACAUAUUCUAUUUGCAAUCUGUUACCUUGUACGAAACGAGAUCUUGAGUACGAAAUGACAUACGG